AUGUUCAUUCGAUGGCCUGACCAAGCUGAGCAGGAUAGGACGAAAGCGGCGUUCAGGGAUGUGGCUGGAUUUCCUUGUGUCAUCGGACUCAUUGAUGGAACCCAUGUAAGAGUGAUGAAACCAAGUAAUGAGCAGGAGAGGGGAUUUAUUAACCGUAAGGGUUUUCCAUCAAUCAAUGUGAUGGCAGUUUGUGAUGAAAAGGGAAGUUUAUGUCCAUCAAUGCCAUCUGGCCAGGGUCUGCUCAUGACAGCUCUGUAUGCAUAUGCCAGAUAUCUUUUGACGCCAUUCAGGACAGCGGACACAGAUAGAAAAGCUGCCUAUAACAGAGCACACUGCCGAACUUGUGUCAUUGUGGAAUCCACAUUCGGGAGAUGGAAAAAGCGCUUCGGCAUACUACAUGGCGAGGUACGACUAGUCACUGAAAAGGCACCAACGAUUAUCAUGGCAUGCGCUGUUCUGCACAACAUCGCGAUUAUUCUUGGGGAACCUGAGGUAGAUGGAGAUGGAGUUGGGCUGGAUGGAAAUGUUGGACAACAGUUCAUCGGACGAGAGACUGGCUUUCACACCAGAGAAUACAUUGUGCAACAAUACUUUCAAAUGUUGGAAAUAUGA